AUGACUUUUGAUAGCGUCAAAUCCGAUACCAACGGUGCCCAUUCAGCGCCUGAUGUACUGACGCUUGUUUCUUCCACCCGUCUAACGCCAAAUCUCAGCGUUCAUAUCUUCACUGUCCAAGCCAAUCAUGACUUCAAUCAGAGCUUCCGUCCUGGUCAACACUUGACCAUUCAAUUACCCCCAGAUCUUGAUCCCGUGUCUGGACCUCAAAAUCUAUCAGAAGAGGAUAGACGUCUUUCCCUCACUCCGUACCAUGUUGGAUAUGCAGAUAAUGGAGUGAUUGAGACCAUCUCGUUUAUGGCUAGAAAUGGGCGUGUCACGGGUCUGCUGGGACUACCACGUCCACACUCUCCAUUGGUUGCAACAAUUGUUCAAGCUGCGGGUGGAUUCCCACGAGCCAUCCUUGACAGGUCCGAUAGACUGGUCUGUAUUGCUGGAGGAACUGGCAUCGCCCCGUUUAUUGCUAUGGCGAUGGCAAGGAACCAGAGUAGCAACCCCGAGGGCGGAGAGAGGAAGCCAGUUCUGAUGUGUAGCAUUCGCGGCAAUGACUUUGGCGCCAUCGAAUAUUUGUUGACCCAUCAACUGCUUCACCCAAAAGAUUGGAUGGAUUUUGUCUUCGGAGAAUGGAGCUACGAGAUCUUGAACCUGUUAUCGACAGCACGAAUGACCCCGUAUUAUUCUGCGGAAGCAAACAACUGGAAUGGCAAGUAA